CAUCACACAAAAAAUUCAAAGCUAGUCAAGACGCUUCAAAAUGUUUAACCUUGGUACCAUCCUCUGACGGCCGGUUGAUCUCGACUUAAAAACCGUCCAUCACACGCCACUCAUCUUUUUCUCUAAUCAUCCACAUAACUAGACGCUUACAACCACCGAAGUUCACUUCUCUUCAGUUGACCUGCAGGUAUGGGAACCAACGGGCACUACGUGGUCCGCUAUCGGAACAUGUAUUAUCUUUCACACCACGGUAGUGAUGGUUAUCCAGAGGGGCUUGGCUUAAAGGUGCUUCAGUAUAUACGGCAGCCCAAUGCCAUCGCGACCUAUCAGAAAGUGUUUGGAGAGAUGCUGGACGGGUUGAAGAGCCCUUCGCAUUCUCUAUUACUGAUAGAAGGUGGUGAUGAAAAUUUCGAUGGGCCCUCCCAGCUGCGGCCAGAAACUUGUGGCUGGACCUACGAGAUUGAUCUUGAUCGCAAUAUCUUCCAUGUGUGCGACAUGCCUUUUUUCUCCUUGGAAUGUCUCCCAGAUGACGCCGUUUUUCUCCAAUACAUCUCCGAUGAUGGCAUCACUCGAGAUCAUUACGGCCACGCAGCUUGCCCGUUAGAAUGUCCCCCGGAGAACAGAUACAAAAAGCCAACACCGCCAAUUGUCCACAAUUCUGAACUCGAGACGUACCAGUCUUUGAUGUGCACCGGAUCUCAAGUGGCUCUGAGUGAUCUGCUCGCCGUCAGUGACGGCCUUUCUCAAGACGAGCACGUUCGGGUCACAUUGCUAGAAGUCAUGAUUGGGCAGUGCAUGUUUAGCUCAGCCAUUGGCAAGGAAAUCUACGAAAUAGAGCUUUUAAACGACCACAACCAGAUCACGGACGAUCAAUGGUCAAUUGCAUGCUUCAUGGCCAGCAUUACAUUUAUUCCUCAGAUGUUCGACGACGUACAGUGCAUUUCCCAUCCCAAGCUGAAAAGAAAGGAGUUCACGUGGGUUCGCGAAGACACUGUUGUCUACAUCGCAACACAUCUAUAUGACGAGCGAUGCCUACAGGCUUCCGUGUCACGUCUGAUCAACGUGAUCUUGGAGCAGACGAAUCAUUCUGGUCAUUACUUUGGAAUCGCGUUUUCUGUCUUCCAUUGUGCAGUCGUCAAAGUCGUCAAAAACGCACACACGAUGUCAUUCAGCCACACGAGCGCCCUCCAAUUUUUACCGUCAUUCUACGCAGAUUCACCAUCUACGCCAGGCAUCACUGGUCUCGCCCGUCUUGGAUAUCGCAUCGACCCCGCACUCUUUCGGCGUGCUUUGGAGGCUUGUCAUUAUGUGCGGUACAUUUACCUGAAGGAAUCCCCCGUUCAGAGAGCUGAUAGAAGUGACGAUAUGCCACCCACCACCAUCUGUCCAACGCUGCCUCUUGAACUUUGGCGAGAGAUCGCCUGUUAUCUCACUCAUCCCUUUCACCUCAUCGUCCUCGGAUUGGUCUCAAGACUGUGCCGUCAGGCAGUCUUGAUGGUACUCCGCUGUACCCACCUCUGUGGCUAUCGCCUGGUCUCCGCUCCCCAAGAGAGACCAGAGUAUAGGAUGGAAAACCUCUCGCUACGGGCAGCAUCUUUUUCCGCUGUACGAAACGACAUUCUUACUACGGUGAAUGUUGGAGUGGAGUUUCGCGCGAUACCAUCCAAGAGCAUGAUUACUCCCCUCAGAAUUAAAAAUUCAUCGUUUUAUAUUGCCUUUUCAGCCGGUCCUUGACGCCUGCUAGGGAUGAAAAGCUUCCUUGAAUAGAAAAACAAAGCUCUCGCGGCGUUUAGCACGAUCAGAGACCCUGAUUGAGAUGUCACCGAUCCGGGAGCACACAUGGGUUCCCUGACCCCUUCAUAGACUAUAGUUGAUGUUGUAACUUGAGGUCCACUUAAGACUGCGCAACCAAUUUAUUUGUGGGGAACUCCUUGAAUCACAGCAAAGACGUGCUACAGUCAUGUCAGUGUUUACAGAAUAUCAUGCGUCAAUGCAU